CAUGAUUUUAGUACUAUUGGUUAAUCUAAUUUUGGCAACAGGUAAACUAAAAUAACAUCAUUUAAAUCAUUAAGUGAUGUUCAAAAGAGAAUCAAAUGUGGUUGUAUUGGAUUAUGAAAAUUUUGAUGCAGCUUUAAUGAGAUUUGAAGUUUUAUUAGUAGAUUUCUUUGCACCUUGGUGUCCACAUUGGUAAUUAUAUUUUUAAAAGUAGUUAAAAUUUAAUGCCAGAAUUUGAAGAAGCUGCUUAUUAAUUUAAAGAAAAAAAGAGCAAAAUAACUUUAGCCAAAGUUGAUUGUACUCAUGAAUCAGCUCUUUGUGAUUCAUUUUAAGUUAGAGGUUAUCCAACUCUAAGAAUUUUCUAUCAUGAUAGAAUAUAUCAUUAUCAUGGAGAUAGAAACUCAAAGGGAAUUGUUGAAUUUAUGGAAAUGCAUUUAGAAUAAGAAGAAGAAAAAGAACAUAAAUAAGAAUAAUAAAAACAUAGAUAAUAAUAGAACUACCCUUGAAC